GAUAAAAACACCGAUUAAACUACCCCUGGUAUUUAAAGGAAAGAUGUUUAUUGCCUCUCGGGGCUCACUCGGCUCAUAGAUUUCAAUGGAUUUAUACAGGAGGCAAUGAGAAAACGAGGGAGGUUUCAGCCAUGGAGAUUAUAUACAAGAGUUAUUUCAUUCCAAGAAGACCUUUACACUUGUCAACAUACCUUCGGUCAUACCCUAGCAAUGACAGUGGAAUACACAGAAAAAGAAGACCACCACCACAGAGGUCAGUUACACCCAUCUAACUAUUCCAAUGAAUUAUCCAAAGAUUUUUUUCCUAAUAGGAUAGCAACUAUUACAGUACCUAAGCUCAAGAACUCCGAUGUGCUUGAUACCAAUACAAGAAACCCUGUUGCUUCGCAAGAUGAAAAAACCAUGAAUAAAAUCCUUAACACCAUUACACAACAUCAUUGGAAUGAUUUGAUUGAAAUGGGAUCGGUAAUGGGGUUCCCUCAUGUUGUUCAACAUGUUCUGAUAAAACUACAAACGCGCCCUAAACUAGCUCUUGAAUUGCUUAACUGGGCAGAGAGCCAGCUGGAACUGAAGCCUGAUCUCCAUUCACUUUGUAUUGUGAUACACAUCUUGGCUAAGGCUAGAAUGAGUUCUUAUGCCCAAGAGCUUCUGAAAAGGGUCUUGAAUUUUGACUUUGGAUCGACCCACUUGAUUUUUGAUAACCUUGUUGCCACAUACAAGGCAUGCAAUUCCACACCCUUUGUCUUUGAUUUGUUUAUCAGGACAUUGGUAUAUUUAGGCAUGCUUAAUAGUGCUGUUGAAGUCUUUGGAUUGAUGAAAAACUAUGAAUUCAUUCCUGCAAUUGAGACCUGUAAUGGCCUCCUCGGUGCUCUCUUGAAAGCAAAAGAAAUGGAUAGUCUGUGGAUAGUUAAUGCAGAAAUGCUUAGAUCGAAGAUAUCUUUCAAUGCCUACACAUUCAAUAUAAUGAUUAAUGCCCUGUGCAAGCAAGGGAAGCUCACCAAAGCAAAAAAGGUUUUAGAGGACAUGGAAGUCAUGGGAUGUAGGCCUACAGUUGUAUCAUAUACCACUGUAAUUGAUGCCCAUUGCAAGAGAUAUAAGGUGGAAGAUGGCCUUAAGUUGCUGUCUGUGAUGUUUGAGAGGAAUAUUUUUCCUGAUGUUUUGAUUUAUAGCUCAGUCAUCAAAGGAUUGUGUAAAGAUGGAAGAGUUGAUGAAGCAAGUGGGUGUUUGACACAAAUGAUGGAGAAGGGUUUGAUGCCAAAUGAUGCCAUCUACAAUGUGCUGAUAGAUGGGUACUGCAACAAGAGUAAUACGAGAAAGGCUUUUGAACUCAGAAAUUCAAUGCUUCAUCUGGGAAUACAACCCAGUGUUUGCACUUAUAAUGCUUUGAUUCGUGGGCUGUUGAUUGAGGGCAAAAUUGCAGAAGUCAAGGACCUUGUCGAUAAAAUGUCUGAGAUGGAUUUAUCUCCUGAUGAAAUCACCUACAACAUAUUGAUCGAUGGUUACUUCAAAGCAGGGGAACUAGAGGAGGCAUUUAAGAACCAAGCAGAAAUGCUCGGUAAGGGCUUUUUCCCCAUUGCUGCCACUUACACCUCUCUGAUUUGUGGGCUUUGUACGAAAGGUAAUAUGGAGGAUGCAGAGUGGUUGCUCAAAAAGAUAACUGCAAAGGGUUUGAACCCCAAUGGAAUUACGUACAAUACUUUGAUCAGUGGACACUGUAAUAUAGGGAACAUUGAGCGAGCCCUUGAUCUGAUGCAUGAGAUGGGUAAGAGAAAUAUUUUUCCUGAUGAUGUUACUUACAAUACACUUUUUUAUGGACUUUGCCAGAUUGGAGAGGUCAAGAAGGCACAACAGCUUCUCGGAAAGAUGAUCAAGAGGGGUACAGAAGCCAGUCAUAUUACCUACAACAUACUUAUUAGUGGGUACUGUAAGAAGGGUGAUAUGCAAGAAGCUUGCAGGGUACGUAGAGAAAUGUUAAGGAAAGGUUUUAAUCCUACUGUGUGUACUUAUAAUGUACUCAUUCAUGGGUUAUGCAGAACAGGAAAUGGAGAACAAGUAGAGGAGCUCUUGAGAGAAAUGGUAAGAAAAGGCCUUGCUCCAGAUGAUGAUACUUACAUGUCAAUGGUACAUGGACUCUUUGAGAAAGGCAACUUGAAUGAGGCUGUUGAUUUGCGAAAUUCGUAGUAUGUAUGCAGUCAAACUUGACAGCAGUGACUCGAGCUUUGUAUAUAAUGUGAUUAUGUUCAGUUGGGCUAAACAUCCUUUGCAGUCCCACACAAUUGCUUGUCAUGGAACAAGCAUAGAUCAAUGACAACUAGUCUAACUAAAAUAAUAUCUUUCCAUGCAAGUCAUAAAAUGUGGUCGUUAGGCAUAUUUUGUAUGUACUCUGUGCAUGGGAUGGCAGUCCUCAUGCAUAACUGCAAGAGAUUCCACUACAUGUGCAUUUUCUUGCAGAAGGCAGUUUCAUUGGAUCUCUUAUGAUUAUCCUAUACCCUGUAAUGAAUGUGAUGAAUUACCCUUGGAUUAUCUUCUGAGACUAAUACUCAUGAACUAACCCGUUAUGUUCAAAGAAUUAACCCUCAUAUGACAGGAGCUUGUAGCACCAAAAAAAAUUGGAAUUUUUUGACUGCCAAACAACAUAUUACUGGCAAUUUUUUGAGCGACAUAACUGACUUAGCAGAUUGACUCUCUUCUUCCCUGGUUGAUGGCUCUCUCAGGAGAAAUUUUUUGAAAUAUCUUAGUCUCGCAGUGGUGAUCGAGAGCGCAGAGGUACUCUGGGUUUCAACACUCCAAAUUACUGUGUAUUCAGUUGUGUUACUAGUGGAAGCGAAUUCCAAACAGGAAUCAGAUAAAACAGAAACAUCAUUAAUACACACAUCAGAGUGGUAAUAGCCAUUGAAUGUCUAAAUCUAUGAACAAUAUCUGUGAUCAGAAUACAUCUGUACAUGUUGACACGAGCUUCAUCCAAGAGGAGAUGAAUGAAGGAAAACUCUUUGCAGGAGGUGAAAUGACCAUCUCAUUGAUUGGUGUAAAUGCAUUACAAUAUUCUGAAGUUACCAACUAAUGGUUGGUUCUGCUGUCCUCCAAGAGAAGAGAACUAGGGAGCACAGAUAGUAAAGGGCACUGCUGCCAGGUGUUGGCAUCAAUCGAUCUCAACUCUAAAGUGUCUGGGGUGACAAUGUCUGAGUCAGAAUGUUUUUUUCCAAGUUGGAGAUUCUUUCAAAUGUUGACACUGAUCAUGGAAGUCAUGUUGCCACCUCGAUAAAGUUACCAAGUUCUGUUAACUGGAUAUAAUUAAAUAUUUUCUUCUCCUUUUGAUAUUCU